CCUUUCCUAAUCCUUGUCCUCUUAAUGGUUUCAACAGGACAGAUUGAUUCCCUUGGGAGCUGUAAGUACUGAGGUAUUAGGGUGCAGCGCUCAUUGUUCACUGACGCAGAGUCCCAAAAUGAAUGUCCAGGAGCAGGGUUUCCCCUUGGACCUCGGAGCAAGUUUCACCGAAGAUGCCCCCCGGCCCCCAGUGCCUGGAGAAGAGGGAGAACUGGUAUCUACUGAUUCAAGGCCUGUCAACCAUAAUUUCUGCUCUGGGAAAGGUGCCAGCACUAAAAGUGAGACCUCGACAGCUACCCCAAGACGUUCAGAUCUGGAUCUGGGAUAUGAGCCUGAGGGCAGUGCCUCCCCCACCCCACCAUACUUGAGGUGGGCUGAGUCAUUGCAUUCCUUACUGGAUGACCAAGAUGGGAUCAGCCUGUUCAGGACUUUCCUGAAGCAGGAGGGCUGUGCUGACUUGCUGGACUUCUGGUUUGCCUGCAGUGGCUUCAGGAAGCUUGAGCCCUGUGACUCAAAUGAGGAGAAGAGGCUGAAGCUGGCAAGAGCCAUCUACCGAAAGUACAUCCUGGAUAGCAAUGGCAUUGUGUCCAGACAAACCAAGCCAGCUACUAAAAGCUUCAUAAAGGACUGUGUCAUGAAGCAGCAGAUUGAUCCUGCCAUGUUUGACCAGGCACAGACAGAAAUCCAGUCCACCAUGGAAGAGAAUACCUACCCUUCCUUCCUUAAGUCUGACAUUUAUUUGGAAUACACAAGGACAGGCUCAGAGAGUCCGAAGGUUUGCAGUGACCAGAGCUCAGGGUCUGGGACAGGGAAGGGCAUGUCUGGAUACCUGCCUACUUUGAAUGAGGAUGAAGAAUGGAAAUGUGACCAAGAUGCAGAUGAGGAUGAUGGCCGAGACUCUGUCCCCCCCAGCAGGCUCACCCAGAAGCUGCUAUUGGAGACUGCUGCCCCGAGGGCCCCCUCAAGUAGACGGUACAGCGAAGGCAGAGAGCUCAGGUGAGUUCGGCACAAGGUGUCC